AUGGGUGAAGAUUUAAAACAAAUUAUAAUUGAUUUGAAUAAAUUUUUGAAUAAAAAUUUAUCAUUGAUAUCUUUCAAGGCGCUUACACCUACAGAUCUAUUACAACUACUGAGUGAUGUGCUGUCAAAAAUAACAGAGACACCAAGGAUUAACAUAAUCGAUGAGAAUAUUGAACAAUCAACUAUGCGAAUUUUGUCGAUAUUAAAAAUACUCAAGUAUCAAACAAAUAAAGAUUUUUCAUUAUUUAGACAAAGAUUGAGUAAAGGAGACCAAGAUACUAUUUGUGGUAUUUUGCAAUGGCUUUUUAAAAAUAUCGAUAUCGCACAAAAGCGAGCUUAUUUAUCAAGAUUUUUAAUAAAAAUUGAAGUACCGGCAGAAUAUUUGCAAGACGCUGAAACAUCGGCAUUAUAUGAAAGAUAUUUAGAACUAGUUGAAGAAUUUAAGAUUGUACACAAAGAACGUGAAGCUGGUAUAAAAGGAAAUGAAGCAGCCGCUGAACUUAAAUCUGAUUUACGAGCUAUGGAAAAAGAACGCCAAUCUUUGCAACAGCGAUUACAAGAAGAAGUGAUGAUUCUCAUGGCGAUUUACAACGAAAAAAUGUCCAAAGAACUAUCUGCAUUGAAGUUGCGUGUCAAUGCACUGAACAAUGUCGUAAAUACGCCUUACAUUGGUCCAGAUGACAUAAUCAAGCUUCGCCAGCAACUAGACGUGUUAGUACGCGAAAUCCAGACUCUUGCAGAGAGCAAAAUCACCGAAAACGGAAGCGAGAAGAUAACUCCAUUCAGACAGCAGGCAGCAGCAAUCGCUGGAAUAAAACGCACCACCCUUGAUAAGCUGGAAAAGAAUGAAAAUGACCUAGCUGAGUUUACUAUAAAGCUGGAAAACAAACGCGCUAAGACAAAACACUUGGCUGAAGAUUCGAUGCCCAAAGGUGAAGAUCUAAAGCGCUAUGUCGCGCGUUUGAAGACCAAAAGCGGGAUGUACAAGCGCUGCAGAGCUGAAUUGGCGGAACUUAGAGCUGAAGGCGGUAUCUUGAGUCGCACUGAUAUUAUUUUGGAGAAUCAAUUGAAUCUGAAGCCUCUAAGACAAAAAAAUUAUGACGUUGAUGAUAAAUACGAACGCGCAAAGCGCAGCUAUGAUUCUAUUGCUUCAAGUACACAGAAUGCAAUAUCCAACUUGAUCAAUGAAGUUGAAAGUACUAGGAAGCUUAUAGAAGAGAACGCGCAAGAAAUGACGGAGCUUCAGAAAAAAAUUGCGAAAAUGAAGAAAAUACAGCAGAAUAUCCAAGAUGAAGUUCGAUCUUACGCAAACCCUAAUGGCGAAAAGUCUCUUCAGGAUAAGUUGAACGAGUCUAUAAUCAGUGAAGAGAAGAAAUAUAAAUUGUUGAAAGAUAAAGAAAAAAGUUUGAAGGAAUUACUUAAGCAGAGUGUCAGUCAAACUCACCAAUGGACAAGUCUUAUUUCAAUAUUCAAAUCAAAAAUUGAAAACUUUGCUGAAAACAAACGAAGAGAUGGUAUUGUUUUACGAAAAGAUGGAACUGAAACUCUAAUUUUAGAAUAA